GCGGCUGCUGGAGUCAAGCUUCAGUUUGAUUGACAGACGACGAUGAGGUGCCACACUGUGCUCGUACUGCUGCUGCUGCAGUGUCUGGCAGCUUCAGGCCUGCCCCUGUUUGAACUGAGCACUAAGGCCGAUGGGGCCCUGAGGAUGGCGCUGGAUGAGAUCAACACUCGUUACGCCCGGCACCACCUCUACAGAGUGUCCAAGGCAUCAGUCAAGAAAGUGGUUCCACUGGGGAGGAAUGUGUACGACAUGAUCUUGAAAUUCAGUAUCAGGGAGACGGACUGUCUGAAAAGUUCUGGGCUGGACGGCCAGGGCUGCGCCUACCGCUGGAGCUUUUUAGCAUCGGACGCAGGCUGCUAUGUUAGAGCUCGUGUGACUGACAGACUCACGGACAUCGUUUCCCUUAAAUGCAACCAGGCCCAGAGCUCCAGCUCAGAGUCCAGUGAGGAGACGGGCAUGGCAUGGCAUUAUGAUCCAAAUCGUCUUAUUUCAAGAGACCCUGUACCUGCAACUGUAGCUCCAGCCUUUGAGAGAACCCCACCAAUACGCUCUGAGCGUCGCAAUGGCAACAUCGAGAUUCGUGGAGAUCACUUCAGCAAUCACCUGGUGUAACCACUGCCUGCUCCCAGCAUUCAUAAAGCAUCUGAGAACAGGAUCAACAUUUCUGCUUUCUUAGUUGUUUUUGAGUAUAUGGUGAAAGCAGACACUGCUCCAUAUAUGACACUUCUACUCUGAGGAGCUUAAAGACUGAGUUUUUGAGUAGAUGUGAAUACUGUGUAAUGUACAGGAUUAACCUGGACGCCACGAAACUAAACUUACACUAUGAAAUAUUUCACUACACCAAUCUUUUCAUUCUGACAUGAAAAUAAAACAUACCAAAGACAAAAGUUA